UGUCGAGCGUCCAGCUCAAUUCUUUUUUAAACCACUAAAUAGACUUUAAUACCCUCCGUCCCUCCAGUCUAAAGCCCCAACUCUGUAGGGUUUAUCUGUGGCUUUGAGUUGGAGAAACUUUGUCCGAGUCUCCGAAGGAGAAAAGCUAACCAAAGCGACUAUUAAAAGCAUUAUCAUGGGAAAACAAUUCGGUGCAAAACGUGUAGGAUUGAAAAGGCACAAGACAACGGAUAAGUUUGAGAGAAGUGCAGUGGCAAGAAACAGAAAGCGUGUCAAACAUGAGGUUACUCGUAGCUCCUCGCCUACUUUGCCAGCGGAAUCAUCUGGGGAAGAAUCUAGUGGUGGUGCUUAUGAGGAAAUGAGUUAUAAGGAGCCAACAAUGUAUGAUAAGUUGUUGACAAAACUCAGGUCAAGUAACAAAUCUGUUGUUGAUGCCUAUCAAAGGAGACAAGUUGCAGAAGAUGAUGAAACUGAUGGCACUGAAUCAUUUAGCAUAUCAGAGCAGGAGAAUAGUGAUGAGGAAACUGAUAAUGACUCACUUAGAAUGCAAGAACCUGACAUGGUUGGUACUGAAGAACAGACUGAAGAUGCUGAAACUGAAGAUGACUUGGAAGCCUCUGACACAGAUCAAGAUGACGACUUGAGUGUCUGUGGUCCAUCAGCUGUUGCCGCCAGUUCAUUUAGUAAACAUGUUGAGUACAACUUGUCAAAAACGGAGGCUGAAGAUUUGUCAAAGAAGAAAUGGAAGUAUACAUGGGAGGUGUCUGCUGCUGACGUAUCGAAUUGCAAGUGGGUAGGAACAGGAGAGUGUUUUCUAAAGGAUGCUGACAUGAAUUCCAAUUAUGGUCUCAAGCAAAAGUUGUAUAAACACUGGUUGGAUGUCUACAAGACAUCUGGAGGAAAUGACUUCCAUUCGUCUAGGCUGAGAUGGUUCUUCUCUCUUUGCGACAGUUAUCGCGAUAUAUUGCACUGUGAGAAGAAACCUUUCUAUCACAAGGGCCUCGAAGAAGACUCAAAUAUCAUGGAUGCCUAUAUUAUGCAUUCUCUCAAUCACAUUUUCAGAACUAGAGAUCUUGUGAGAAAGAAUGAUGGAAAAAUCAGCAAGCAUCAAGAGAGUACAAAGGAGGAGAUACUUCCAGGUGAUAGUUUCCUUGAUCAAGGGUUUACUCGUCCUAAGGUUCUGAUUUUAUUGCCACUGAGAAGCACUGCACUUCGUGUCAUUGAGAGGUUAAUAAAACUAACCCCUGCAACUUCAAAGGUUAAUGUGGAGCACAUUGACCGUUUCUAUCAAGACUUUGGAUCAGAAGAGGUUGAAGGUGAUGAGGAAAUGGAGGAGCAAUCAAAGAAUGCUAAGCCUCAGAAGCCUUCCAAACCUUCUGAUCAUCAAUCACUUUUUAAGGGCGACACAAGGGAUGACUUCAUGAUAGGCAUUAAAUUUACUAGGAAGACCAUAAAGUUAUAUGGUGAUUUCUAUUCCUCAGACAUUAUUGUUGCUUCUCCUCUAGAAUUAAUGACAAAAUUUGGGAAGGCAGCAAAAAAUAAGGAAUCAGACACUGACUAUUUGUCUUCUAUAGAGGUUGUUAUUAUUGAUCAUGCGGAUGUAAUAUCAUUACAGAAUUGGAGUUUUCUGACUUCUGUUGUUGAGCGUCUGAACCAUAUACCAUCCAAGCAGCAUGGAACUAAUGUUAUGCGCAUUAGACAGUGGUAUUUGGAUGGAUUUGCCAGAUUUUAUCGGCAGACGAUUAUUUUAGGUUAUUAUUUAAAUCCAGACAUGAAUGCUCUUUUCAAUCACCAGUGUGUUAACUAUCAAGGAAAGGUGAAGUCAGUGCGUGAGCAUAAUGGUGUUCUUCCUAAAGUUUUAUCCCAAGCGCGGCAGAUAUAUGAAAGAUUUGAUGCAGACUCAAUAGCUGAGGUUGAUGAUGCUCGUCUUGAAUAUUUUGCUAAGAAGGUGUUUCCUAAGAUAAAAGAUUCUGAACAGGGUGGGAUUAUGCUAUUUGCGAGUUCUUACUUUGAAUUUGUUCGACUUCGAAAUUUCUUGAAGUCUCAGAAUGCAUCAUUCUGUUUGCUCGGGGAUUACACAGAUCAGAGAGAUAUAUCUCGCGCACGAGUUUGGUUUUUUGAAGGGAAGCGAAAGAUCAUGCUUUACACUGAGAGAAUUCAUUUUUAUCGCAGAUAUAAGAUUCGUGGUAUUCGAAAUUUGAUUAUCUAUUCUCUGCCAGAGAGGAAGGAGUUUUACCCUGAGAUUGUCAAUAUGCUUGAAGGGUCAGAUGACAUGGCAUGCACCAUAUUAUUUUCUCUGUUUGAUAAGCUACGGCUUGAGAGAAUCGUUGGAUCUGCUCCGGCAAAAAGAAUGAUCAAAUCAGAGAAGGGGGUCUUUGUUUUCUGCUGAAACUCAAUUUUCUUCCCAGGAGAUCAUAGCUGGUGGCCAGGGAAGAAUGAUGGAAAGCAACUUCCCACAGGGAACAAUGACUGUCAUGAGGUUGUAUGAGGAUUGCUAACAAAAAUUAGCAAUAUCAUCAUAUGCUUAUAGAAACCGUUAGUUGUUAUUGUUAAAAGGCAAAGCCACCAUAGAUUAGUUGUUUUUUAGGCCUCAGCAGGUGAUUGGAAAUCUGGUUUGAUUGUUGUAGUCUUGUUGAACAUCUUCCUUGGUAUAUAGAAAAUUGAACUCUUGCCUCCACAAUGCUGUUUUUCCCAUGAGUUUUCUCAAUGUAUAACUAAAAGGAUGUAAUGUAACUUGUAUGAUGGAAUGCAUUCUAUUUGGUUGUCAGUUUUA